AUGGGCCAAUUUCAUUCCAGCCAGGCGAGCUCUGCUUCAGAACAAUCAGAACAGAAGACCGACUAUUAUGAGCUGCUUGGUAUAACACGCGGUGCAACAGAUGAGGAGAUCAAAAAGGCAUAUCGAAAAAAAGCCCUUGUGUUGCACCCAGAUCGAAACUAUGGGAAUGUUAACGAGGCUACUAAGCUGUUUGCCGAAAUUCAAUCCGCAUACGAAGUACUGGCAGAUCCCCAGGAACGAGCAUGGUACGACUCCCAUAGCGAUGCAUUUUUAGGGACCAACGGAAAUACCGAUGGUCAACACUCGUACAAUGUUCGAAUCACAACAGCCGAAGAUGUCCUCAGACUCUUUUCGAAGUUCAGUCCUCGGAUGGAAUUCUCAGACUCCCCAACUGGAUUCUUUGGCGGUUUGCGAGAGCAAUUCGAACAGCUCGCGCUGGAAGAAAGAUUGGCCUGUCAGUGGGAGAAUCAAGAUCCUAUUGAAUAUCCAUCAUUUGGAUCUGCUGACGAUGAUUUUGAGACCGUUGUACGGCCCUUCUAUGCUGUAUGGACCGGGUUCUCCACCCAAAAGUCAUUCGCAUGGAAAGAUGCUCAUCGCUAUUCUGAAGCGCCUGAUCGUCGGGUGCGACGAAUGAUGGAAAAGGAGAACAGACGUCUUCGGGAGGAAGGCAUCCGAGAAUUCAAUGAUGCUGUCAGAUCCCUCGUUGCUUUUGUCAAGAAACGUGACCCGCGGUACAAAGUCAAUGUCCAAAGUGAAGCCCAACGCCAGGAAAUCCUCCGCAAGUCUGUGGCUGCACAAGCUGCAAGAUCACGAGCUGUGAAUCAAGCCAAGAUGCGGGAUCAUGUCCUCCCCGACUGGGCCCAGUCAGAGCAACCAGCGGCCGACGAAGUGGCAAGCGAAGAGAGCGAAGUCGAGAGUUUUGAAUGUGUGGCAUGUCACAAAUAUUUUAAAAGCCAGAAGCAAUUCGAAGCGCACGAACGUAGCAAGAAGCAUUUGAAAGCAGUUAAACAGCUAUGCUGGGAGAUGCGAAUGCAGAAUGACGAAUUGGAUUUGGAGUCUGAGGAUGACUUGAACACCAACCCAGUUACAUCUACAGCUCUUCAGGUUGAUGAAGGGGAAGAUGAGGUUGAUGCUGCCCGAGAGGUCGAUCUGGGAUUAGAUACCUCCUCGAAGAGCCAUGAUGUUGAUGCUGAGGAUCGAGGAAGUUCGCAUGGUCUAGGAGGAACAACCCCUCUGUCCGAGCUAAGCUCCCCAGCGUCUUCGCACGAUGACGAUUAUGCCUCCAGGGAAUACGUCGAGACGAGGCUCCGCGCCGACAUGGACUCUUUGUCCACAGAUGCCGGGGACUCCUCUAAUAUACCUGAUCAUCCGUUCUCUUCGGGCCUCACCGAGCAGUCCCCAACUCUCAAAAUGGGCAAGGCCAAGCAGAAACGGGCGAAAAAGGCCGCGAAGCAAGCGGAUCAACCCACAGGGUUUAUUUGUGCAAAUUGCCAGGCUCCCUUCACAUCCAAGUCUAAAUUAUUCAAUCACAUUAGAGAACUCAGCCACGAACAACCCUUGGGAUCUGUUGCUAAGAAGGGGAGGAAACGCUAG